AUGUCUGUCAGCAGUGCCUCGAUCAGAUCCGUAUCCCAGGCAGCCACGAUCGGUGGCACGAAGCAGAAGCUCAAGGUACCGCCUCACAAGGCGAUCCUGUGCCGUACCUGCAAUGAGCUCUUCGACGAUGAGGCGUCUCUGAUUAAGCAUAAGCUGUGGGCUAUGCAAAUUCGAGGCACCCACGCCCACUGCACCGUCUGUGCCAUGGAGUUCAGGACCAUGGACGCCCAGAAACAGCACAUGAUCGAGUCCCACCCUCAUGAGCAGAACAUCAUUUGCCCCGGAUGUGGCAGCCGCUUCACACGUCUAGCUGGAUUCAUGAAGCACUUGGAGCACGACGAGUGCCCUGAGAUCCGCCGUUCGGACGUGGACAGAAACAGAGCCGAGAAGCUCACUUUCGCUCAUGAGCUCGAGAAGCGGAGCGGUUCGCAGUUCGGCGACUAUUUUCCGAGGCUUCAUCCGAGUGUUCAACAGUCGGCUAUGAGCAACAUCUCCAAGCCGCAGAUGGCACACCCGUCUUUCUUCAGACCCGAAGAUUUCCCUGCGAUUCAAGAGGCCGACGGAGUCUCUACCCAGGGAAGCUCUACCCAAGGAAACUCCGCUCAAGAGGGCUCUGUUGCUUCGACGAACCUUACGGUCCCAAGUACUCCAAAGACAGAGAGUCUGGGAAGUUCCCAAGGAGCCUCGAAGGUCCAAGAUGUUCACAACCCUCAGCACCCCAACUUCGACGUCAUGAAGUACCACAACCCGUACACUCGCAAGUUCAAGUGCCCCCAUGGAUCUUGCACGAAGAACUUCGGUUCCGCAGCCACGUUGAUCAGCCAUCUCAAGGCCGGUUCGCACAACAUUACGAAGCUCCAGUGCCCCGGUUGCCUGCGGUGGUUCAAAGACGCGUCUUCCUUGACUGCUCACUCCGAGUCGGAGACGAACCGCUGCCAAAUUCGGUACUCGGAGAACUACCGGGUCUACCUUGACCAGCUCACUGGAGGCAUGGCCGAUGUCGUCGGCAAGAACGAGGACAAUACCGUCCGGUACGAAGUCAGUACCGAGGCCAUCAUCAAAUUUGGUCCUCAGCAGGCUAAGAAAGCUACGGAGGAUCUCAUGGCGAAGCAGGAAGCAGAGCGUCAAGAGCUUCGGGUGCGAAACCCAGUCUGGUGA